AGAGACAAGCUGGCCAGUCAUAACAGAAGAAAGAAACAACUACUCACAUCACACGACUUUACCAGCCAAGAACGACGAAGAAUCAACCUGCCCUCUGUGGACAUCUGAUUGUGUGAUUAUUGAUUGAAAGGUGUUGAACAAGAAACUGAGGAGAAGAAGGGGCUCAUUCCAACAACUCACAGUCACUGGACAUUUCACUGAUUGAAUAAACUCUGUGAAGACUUGACUUUCCUCUACUGAGUGCUCAGCAGCAUUGUAGUAAGAAACACUGGACUGAAAUUAUUCGAAGGAACAUUUUUCUUACAUUGAAAGCACAUUCAAGUGUCUUGCAGCCGCCAUGGCAUCAACAGGUCUUCAGCUGCUGGGCUUGGUGUUGGCAGUACUGGGCUGGGUCUGCGGGGCAUUGGUGUGUGCGGCUCCUCUGUGGCGCGUGUCAGCCUUCGUGGGUGGAGAGCUGGUGAUUGCACAGGUGGUGUGGGAGGGACUGUGGAUGAACUGCCUGUCUCAAUCCACAGGCCAGAUCCAGUGCAAGACCUAUGACUCCACCCUGGCCCUGCCUGUGACUGCCCAAGCCGCCCGGGGCCUCACUGUUCUCUCCCUGCUCCUCUGCCUCCUGGCCCUCAUGCUCGGGGUGGCAGGGGCAAAGUGCACUCACUGCAUGGGCGAAGGUAACCAGGCCUCCAAAGUUCGGCUGGGUAAGAUAGCAGGGGUGCUCUUCCUGGUGGCUGGCUUGGCGUUCUUGAUACCAAUCUGUUGGACCGCCCAUGCAACCAUCCGGGACUUCUACGAUCCAAAUAUCGCAGCGCCUUUUAAGAGAGAGCUGGGCCCGGCACUGUACCUGGGCUGGGGUGCCGGCCUGCUACUCCUGGUGGGGGGCUCUCUGCUGCAUUUGGGAUCCUCUCAGCAAAGCAGAGGAAGACUGCCUGCUUUUGCUGGACUUCUGAAGGACAACCCAGGUACAAGUGCAGCAGGGGAGGGGAAGCCACAGGAAAAAUCUUUUGUAUGAGAUGGUUUUAUUGGACAAGUGAGAUACCUUGUCACAUGAGAUUCAAGAAAUGACAAGGUCACCGUCUAUUGGAGGGUAUUCACCCUGUAUAGGCUUUUAUAUCUUAUUAAGCAGUUAAAAUGUGAAUGUUAUUAGUCAUUUAUUCACUCAUUUACAUGGAACAAAACAAAGGGUUUCUAGUAUAAUUUACAUUAUUCAACAACUUUCUCUGAGGGUAGGAGUUGACAUGCAUUGUGGGAGUAUUUAAAUGUUUAGAGCUUUACUAAUGUGUGUGACUCACAUUUCUUAAAUUCCACUCUGCCUCUGUGUGUGUGUGUGUGUGUGUGUGUGUGUGUGUGUGUGUGUGUGUGUGUGUGUGUGUUGUGUAUGUGUGGGUGGUCCGUGUACAGAAGGCCAGUGUACACUGUAUAUCUGCAUAUGUUGGUGUGUUUACUGAACAUACUGUAUGUGUAGGCAAUGAUAGUUAUUUACUUUUUAUGAUUGUUUCUGAGCAUUUGGCAUUUCUGAGACAAAUUUACUUGUCUUGUUUUUAUUUUGUAUUUAAAUGUAUUUUAUUGUUUAAGUUUAUAUUCAUUUUAACUGGGUUUUGUAUAAGUAUUUUCACAGUACUCUGUUUUUGAUAUCAGUUACAACACAGCAAUUUUCCUGUAUACGUUUAAAAGUUUUUAUCAAAACUUGAAAUUAGAAAUAAUUAUCAAGUGUUUGUAAAAGUAUACAGCAUUAGUAGUUUUGUUAACUUAGUUAACUUAAAAAUGUGUUUCUGAUGUUUAAUAUCUGGACUUGAUGUAGUUUACACAUUUUCACCAUUAUAGCCAUGUCUUACAUAUAUUUCAGAGAUGUUGCAGGUCUUAUAAUGUGUAAAGCUUCUACCAGUUGACAUAAUGAUUAUUAUGUACAUGUACUGUGACAUUGCAUUUUCCAGCCUAAUUCUUUGUAUUGACUUUAAAACUACUUAUGUACAAUAAAUAUAAAUGUUUGCUUUUC